AUGUUGGCCAAUGUUAAAUUAAAUCUUGUUACAGCACUUUAUGUUUUGUCAUAUGUCUCAGCCGUUAAUGCUUAUCAACAAAAAAAUGAAAUAAACCAAGCAGAUAAUAUCGACAAAAGAGCUGGUCCUAUUGGUAAUUUUUUCAGAGACUUUACCAAUAGUAUUUUUGGAAACCAGAAUCUGGAAGAUAACCAACCAUCAACACAUGGUACUACCCCCAGCACUGGAAAUUCUUUCAGUUUUUUAACCCCUUCUACUCAACAACAAACACCAGGUGAAACUUCAAACAAUGGUAACACAAAACCAUCUGUUGAGAAUCAAUCACCUUCUACUGUUGCUGCUGCUGCUGUGACUUCAUCAAGUCCCGUUGCUAGUACUAGUCCAGCCUCAACUUCUGAACAAAAGCAACAAGAAGGAAGUACUGCAAAAGAAUCAAGUUCGCCUACCACAACAGCAACUACUUCUUCCAAUAGCCCUGUUUCUUCCAGUUCUAAGGAUACACCAACAACAACUACUGCUCAGACUAGUUCUAGCAACAACAACAAUCAACAAUCAUCAUCAAAUGUAGAAGCUCCAUCAACAAGUGUUAACCAACCAAGCACAUCAGAAGUUCAGCCUCAAUCACAGCAAACUUCUACAACAUCAAGCACCCCAACUAGUACAGAAACACCAAACACUCCAACCAGUUCACCAACUAGUUCACCAACUAGUUCAACUACUCCAACCUCGUCAGAGGCACCAGCUACUCCAAGUACUUCAGAAGUAGCACCAACUACUCCAAGUGCUUCAGAAGUAGCACCAACUACUUCAAGUACUCCAACCACGUCGGAUACACCAACUUCUCCAACCACUUCAACUCAAGAAAAUACUACAUCAAGUUCGUCAACUAGUGUUUCCCAACAGACAACUUUAACAUCAUCAACUUCUCCAACUACUGGUCUGACUACAUCUACCAGUACCCCAGAGACAUCCGAUUCCCUUAAACCUAGUUCAACUUCUGUUGAAACUCCAUCAACUUCUGGUAUCGAACAAGAUCCAACUACUACUUCUAGUACUGGUACCACUUCAUCGGAAACAUCUAAACCAACUACCACUUCUGAACUGGCUGUAACAUCCAAUUCUCCAACUCAAGAAUCAACUUCUUUGGUUGACGCAACAACUAGUUCCUUGGACAGUUCCAAUACUCCAACACCCAACCCUUCCACUUCGGAAGAUCAACCAUCAACCAGUGCAAGUCAAGCUCAAACAGGUACCACUUCUAGUGCCCCAUCACCAGAGCCUACUACUUCAUCAGCUCCAGCAGAACCUUCUUCAAGUAAUGCUGAUUAUUCCGAUCAGGUUUUGCAUAGUUCAGAAACUACUUCAUUGGUAAACCCUACGGAUUCACAAAUUGAUAGUUCUUCCACUAAUGAUGCUGUUUCUCAAGCUACUACCGAGCUGACUUCCGAAAAUUCAUCUCCUACUAGUUCCUCUGUAACUGCCAGUGACGUUAAUUCAGCUCAACCAUCUUCAGUUCCAACUUCUAAUGCUAAUGCUGAUACUUCUUCUCUAGUUUCUGAACAGAGUUUAGCUACUGGAAGUCAAACUAGUCUUGAUACUACACCAGGUGCUAGUACAACUGCCAAUGAAGUAAGUGCUGAUACUGUGUCAACUUUUGCCACUGAUGGAUCUUCAGAUGCUUCUCAAACCAUUGCUGGAACCACCAGCAAUUCUCCUGAUGAAUCAUUAGUUACCCCAGCAGCAAGUACUUCUCCAGAUGUAUCUACAUUCCCAACUGGAUCUGAAAGUGGAACAAGUCUUGUUACUGGAUCUGACACCAGUAUCGAUACCAAUACAGUUGCUUCUGGAUCGACUAUUAAUCAAGACAGCAGUGGCAUUCUCACUCAGACACCUUCCCAGUCUAUAGUGUCACCAGAUACCGUUACUCCAACUGGCUCCUCCUCAGAUGUGGCUUCUGAUAUUCCUACAGGUUCAGCAACCACUAAUUCUGUUACUGGAACUGAAACUGGAACACAACCAGUCUCAUCAUUUGCUACAGAUGCCAGUGAACCAGCAUUUUCUAGUGAAUAUAAUCCUAGUGAAGGUACUACUAGUUUGGUGGCUCCUACCAAUUCUGAACUUAGUUCAGCUGUUACUGAUAGUGAAACUGCAUUAACUGGUAGUUCACAAACUACAGCUGAAACUACUCCAACUGCUAUUAAUUCUGAAUCGGUCUUGACAGGUAGUACUGACUCUGCUGCUACUGUUACUCCUAGUGAAUCUAUUUUGUCUGGUACUACCGAAUCUGCCGCUACACCUAUUCCAAGUGAAUCUGUUUUGACUGGCACUACUGAAUCAACAGGUACACCUAUUCCAAGUGAAUCAAUUUUAACUGGUACUACUGAAUCAACAGGUACACUUAUUCCAAGUGAAUCAAUUUUAACUGGUACUACUGAAUCAACAGGUACACCUAUUCCAAGUGAAUCAGUUUUAACUGGUACUACUGAAUCAACAGGUACAGCAAUUCCAAGUGAAUCAGUUUUAACUGGUACUACUGAAUCAACAGGUACACCAAUUCCAAGUGAAUCAAUUUUGACUGGUACAACCACCACCAGUGGUACUACUGCUGCAACUGGAACAUCUGUUUCUGAACAAAGUGGAGUUGAAACUGCAUUGUCUACACAAGCAACAACAGGCACUGAAGCUACAGUUACAAGUGGUGUUUCUCAGAGUGAACAAACUGGAACCUCAGCUGCUACUGGUGUUACCGAAUCAUCUGAACAAAUUCAAAGUGGUGCUACUACUACUAGUGCUGGUACAAGUACUGCAAGUGAUACAACAGCAGUUACUAAUGCUAGUGAAGCUUCAGCUGAAUCUCAAGUCACUACACCUGCUAGUGGAGCUUCUACCGGUUCACAAGCCACAACAACAGCUGCCACCGAAUCACAAGCUAAUACCAUAGCCACUGAAGCUUCUACUGGCUCUCAAGUUACCAGUGAUGUUACUCCUGCUACCGCCCCUUCAUCGGUUACUCCUGCAGACACCGCUGCUACUUCGAUAAUUACAUCACCACCAGCAUCAGCCGAGCCAUCAACCGAAGCUGCACCAAUUGCUGCUUCACCAGCAACAACAUCAAGUACUAAGAAUUGGUUGCCAUCUCUGUUGGUUAUUGCUGAAACCCCAUCGAGUAAUCCAAGCAAAAGUACUGAAUCCAUUGUUCAAGCUUCUGCCACGGCCGCAUCUACUUCAGGUUUACCAAGAGCUAUUACACCAGAAACCACUACUACACCAGGGAUUGAUUAUCAAGUUAUUACUAUUGGUUUCAAAUCGGCAUUGAACUAUCCAUUUGUCGUUGAGAAUUCUAUUUCAUCAGCACAAAUUUUCCAAUACUUGCCAGGAGUUUUGAAGUAUCCAUUUAAUGGUGACAAAUCAUUACAAGAUGUUUCUGUACGUCGUUUAAUUCCUUACACUGCAUCAAAUAUUGAUUAUACCAUUACUGUUGCUGAAGUUUAUUUCCCUAAGGAUAGCGUGAAAGCUUUAGGUAGUUUGAUUACUACUCCUGGGUCAGCUAUCUAUAGAAAUCCUGACAGUGUUUUACAAGCAUUGGCUUCUUUGAUUGAUAGUAGAAUUCCAUUGACUGGAUUAACUACUGAUGAUCAACAAGUUUCAGGUUCUUCAUCUGAUAAUAGUCCAUCAUCUAAUUCUUAUGGGUCAAUGGAUAUAGUUUCCAAUUCAAAAGUUGCUGAUAAAGGGAGAAUUGCCGGCAUAACCAUUGGUGCAGCAGCAGGAUGUGGAUUAUACAUGACAUUGAUGGUGUUGUUGUUUAGAAAGUUUAGAAAGAGUAAUCAAGCAUUAGAAUUACCAAUUACCGAUUCAGAAUCUAACUUAGGAUUCACAGAUGAAGAUUCGUCAAUGAUGGAAUCCUCAUCAGGAUUUUCUGCUAUUUUCUCAAGAAUUAAUCAUGGUGGAGUGUUGACUGGUGAUCCUAAUGGAGGAGAUGAUAUGAUGAUGAUGAAUAACAACAAUAAUCUUAGACCAAAUAAUAUUUCCGAGCCAGUUCAAGCAUCCAAUUCAUUGGGUUGGUACCAUUAA